AUGAGCGGCUGGCCGCAGUGCCAGGGCGACCCCAACGGCACCGAGCCCGGCGCCAUGGGGCAGCGGGGCAACGGGACGGGGCGGGCGGUGGAGGGCUGCAGCGCCGUCUCGGUGGCGUUCCCGCUGACCAUGAUGAUCACCGGCAUCGUGGGCAAUGCCCUGGCCAUGCUGCUAGUCUCCCGCAGCUACCGGACCAAGGAGAGCCGGCGGAAGCGGUCCUUCCUGCUGUGCAUCGGCUCCCUGGCGCUCACCGACCUGGUGGGGCAGCUGCUGACCAGCCCCAUCGUCAUCUCCGUCUACCUGUCCAACCGCGCCUGGGACGCCGUCGACCCCUCGGGCCACCUCUGCGCCUUCUUCGGCUUCAGCAUGACCGUCUUCGGCCUCUGCCCGCUCUUCAUCGCCAGCGCCAUGGCCGUGGAGAGGACGCUGGCCAUCCGCGCGCCCCACUGGUACGCCAGCCACAUGAAGACGCGGGUGACGAAGACGGUGCUGCUCGGCAUCUGGCUGGCCGUGUUCGCCUUCGCCCUCCUGCCCAUCGCCGGCCUGGGCCAGUACACGCUGCAGUGGCCCGGCACCUGGUGCUUCAUCGGCAUCGGCGACAGCCGGCUCACCGGCAGCCUCUUUGCCUCCACCUUCGCCGGCCUGGGGCUCCUCUCCCUCGUGGUGACGGUGGCGUGCAACCUGGCCACCAUCGAGGCCUUGGCAUCUCGCUGUCGGACCAAAGCGACUGUGUCGCACUCCAGCAAGCGGUGGGGGCGAAUCGCCAUGGAGACACUGAUCCAGCUCUUGGGGAUCAUGUGUGUCCUCUCGGCCUGCUGGUCACCGCUGCUGAUAACGAUGUUGAAGAUGGUCUUCAGCCACACAUCGUUUGAACACUGCAAGAGCUUCUCCGGUGAAGCCCAAAGCUCAGGACUGCACAAAGAAUGCAAUUUCUUCUUGACAGCUGUGCGUUUGGCCUCACUAAACCAGAUACUGGAUCCGUGGGUUUACCUGCUACUCAGAAAGAUCCUCCUCCAGAAGUUCUGUCAGGCAGCCAGCGCUGUCUCCAAGUGCUCUAACAACGAGUGGAAAGAGAGAUCAAUCACCUUGUCAGAGGAAAUCCGACGGACAACGGCGUGA